AUGAUUUAUGAUCCGAAUACGCUUUCCAAUAUUGAUGAGGUUAAGACUACCCAUCUUGACUUAAAUUUUAUUGUUGAUUUUGAACGUAAAAUUCUUGAUGCAGUUGUCAUUCUUAAACUUGUUACACUUGUCGAUAAUGUCAACAAAGUUAUACUUGAUACUAGUCAUCUAAACAUUAAAUCCGCUUCUUGUUCCGGUGUACAAUUGAAACAUCAUUUGGAAGAUAGAAAUGAAAAAUUCGGUUCCGCUUUACAUAUUCAAUUAGAUAAAAAUUUAUCGGCUAAUACCGAAUUCGAUUUAACUGUUAAUUACAACACUUUGGAACAAGGAACUGCUGUCCAAUGGCUAGAACCUAUUCAAACCUCCGGAAAGAAAUAUCCCUAUUUGUUUACUCAAUGUCAAGCCAUUCAUGCUCGAUCUCUUUUACCAUGUCAAGAUACUCCUUCAUUUAAAUUAUCUUACAAUGCUAGUGUUCAAGUUCCACAACCUCUACGUGCUUUGAUGAGUGCUAUUGAAGUUUGUGAGGAAGUAAAUGUAGAGACUAAUACCAAGACUUAUAAAUUUGAACAAACCGUUAAAAUUCCAUCAUAUUUAAUUGCUUUGGCAGUUGGAAAUUUGGAGGGAAAGAAAAUUGGUCCUAGAUCAACUGUAUGGUCUGAACCUGAAGUAGUUGAAAGUGCUGCUUGGGAAUUUGUUGAUACUGAAAAAUUUAUUGAAACUGGGGAAAAUCUUCUUACUCCUUAUGAAUGGAAAAAAUACGACCUUUUGGUUCUUCCUGCAUCGUUUCCCUAUGGAGGAAUGGAAAAUCCUUGUCUAACUUUUGUUACUCCUACAUUAUUGGCUGGUGAUAGAUCACUUGUAGAUGUUGUAGCUCAUGAAAUUUCUCAUAGUUGGAUGGGAAAUCUUGUUACAACCUCGAAUUGGGAACAUUUUUGGCUUAACGAAGGCUGGACUGUAUUCAUUGAACGAAAGAUUAUGGGUCGUUUGCAUGGUGAAAAAGCAAGCGAAUUUGAUGCAAUUAUUGGAUGGAGAGCGUUGAAACAAGAUAUUGACCUUUUUGGUCAAAGUAAUGUUUUGACAGCAUUAACUCCUAAAUUGAAAGGUGUAGAUCCUGAUGAUAGCUUUUCUUCGGUUCCAUAUGAAAAAGGUUUCAAUUUUCUUUAUCACAUCCAAAAGGUCGUUGGUGGACCUCAGAAUUUUGAACCUUAUAUGAAAGCUCAUGUUCAAGAAUUUGCCGGUAAAUCAAUUACUACUGAUGAUUGGAAGAAAUUUUUAUACUCAUUCGCGGAUAAGAACUUUCCUGAAAAAAGAGCUAAAUUGGAUGAGAUUCAAUGGGAUGCUUGGUUACAUGCCCCUGGAAUGAAAACGAAUUUGAUCAAACACUUGCAAAAGCGUGCUCUGAAUUGGCUGAAAGAUAAUAAAGUUUUUGAUGAAUUUUCACCUUCUGAUAUUGAAAAUUUUUCUCCUGAGCAAAAAAUGGUUUUUUUGGAAAUUAUCUUUGAUUAUUCACCUCUACCGUGCCCAGUUAUUGAAGCAUUAAAUAAAUUUUAUUGUUUCAUGGAUGUUCGUAAUGCUGAAAUUCGAUUUAGAUGGCAACAGGUUUGUUUAAAAUCGGAAUAUGAACCUAUUUUCCCUCACGUGGUCAAAUUUGUAACAGAGCAGGGUAGAAUGAAAUAUGUCAGACCUUUGUAUAGAUUAUUGAAUCAAACAAAGAAUGGUUCUGAUUUGGCAAAGAAAACUUUUGAAGAAAAUAGGUCAUUUUAUCAUCCUAUUGCGGCAGCAAUGAUAGCAAAGGACAUUUUAAAGGAAUGUUAA